GUUUACAUUUAGUUUAAGUAACUGGACGUGGCUAGUUUCGCUCGCCAAUUUCAAGACGGUUAAGUCUCAGUCAACUUUAGAUUUUAGUUGUGACUUGCAGUACAAUAGAGUUUUAUCAGUCGAUUGUAGAUAAACACGAGCGAUAUGUUACGUAAAUCGUUUAUCGCGACACUGACGUUCGCGGUUAUUCAUGUUUUGCCGGCCCUCGGCGAGAACACAACCAUGACGAACAAUCUCAAGGUUCUGGUGUCUUCCAACGAUUUCCCUGAAAGUGGACUGGAAGUUUUACGCAAACAUUUCACAGUUCUACAAAGCCGUUUUAUACACUUCGGGGAAGAGGGCAUCACCGAGAACAAGGAGGAACUCCUGAACCUCAUCCCGGGAUGCUCAGGACUCGUGUGGGUGUCACAUCACCCCAUCACCAAGGAGUUGCUGGAUAAAGCUGGUCCAUCCCUCAAAGUGGUCGCUACAGCAUCAGCCGGCUACAACCAUUGCAACCUAGACGAGCUGAAGGCACGUGGUAUCAAGCUCGCGAACACACCGAAUGUUCUGAGCCCUGCUGUCGCUGAGAUUGCUGUCGGACUCAUCCUGGGCGCGGCUCGCCGGUUCACGGAGAAUUUGGAUCAAGUGCGCAGAGGCGAAUGGGAGAUCGGCUUCAACAAAGUGCUGGGACAGGAUGUGCGUGGGAGCACCGUGGGCAUCGUCGGGCUAGGAGGCAUCGGGCAGGCGGUGGUCAAGCGGCUGGCCGGCUUCGAGGUCGGCAAGUUCGUCUACACAGGCCACAGGGAGAAGCCUGAAGGCAAAGCACUAGGAGCAGAGUUCGUAUCACUUGACCAGCUGCUGGCACAGAGUGACUUCAUAGUGCUGGCGGUACCACUCACCAGUGAGACCAAGCACAUGAUCAACAGCACCACCCUGGCCAAGAUGAAGAAGAACGCCAUCCUCGUCAACGUUGGCAGAGGGGAUUUGGUUGACCAAGACGCGUUGUACGACACUCUGAAGAAUCACCAGAUCUACGCCGCCGGCCUCGACGUGACCACUCCAGAGCCUCUGCCGAAGGACCACAAGCUGCUCACACUUCCUAACAUUUUCAUCCUCCCGCACAUCGGCAGCGCGACUGUGCGCACACGCAGCGACAUGGGCGUAUUGGCGGCAAAUAACGUAGUCAACGCGCUCUCCGGCAAGCCUCUCAUCACGCCUGUACUCGAAUAGAACUCUUAAAUUAACUACAUUAAAGUACCUACAUUGUCGCUUGAA